UCUUUAUAUUAAUUUUAAUUCCAUCAAUCAAGUUAAUUUUAACAUUAAUUUAGUUUAUUAUAUUUCUAAAUAAUGUCGUAAAAUGUAAAUAAUGUAGUAUAAAAAUGCCAACACCCUUGGAAGUGUAUAACAAGAGAAUAAAGAAGAAGGAAAAGGAAAAGAGGAAAAAACUCCGGUAUGAGGUUCGAGCGUCAAAAAAGCUUCUGGAAGACCCUGAAAAUUUAAAAAAGGAACUCGAUGAACUCACACAUAAAGCAAUAAUCGGAAGGAUUGACCAGGAAUCGCUGGAGAGAAAGGAAAAAAUAGAAAAACUUUGGGAACAAUACACUAAAACUAAACACCAAAAGGAUUUGGAAGAGAAUUACCAAUCUCAGUCUUCAGAUGAUAUUCAUUCCUCAAGUGAUUCUGAGGAGUCUAGUGAUGAUGAAAAACCGAAAUGUGUAAUAGAAAUAGAGGGGGAAGUGAAGAAGAAACCUGUGGAAAGGAGAGGAUUUCACGAUCCUGAAGUUCCAAACGAUGAUUUCGCUAAGGAGCUUUUCAACAAUAUUCCCAAAUUACAGACUAAAGUUGAGGGUAAAACCAUAGCUAAGGGUAACAUGGCUAAGCGUAUUAAGUAUGACAAUAAGAAUAAUCCUGUUAAUAUGGGUGGGAAGAUGAAUUAUACUCCUAGACCACCUGAUAAUACAAUAGCCGCCAAUAUUCCAUACACACUAAAUCCACCGCCAAUGACUCCAUCGCCUUUGUUGCCAGGGGUUUUACCUCCAGUACCACCUCCACCUCAAUUUCCAAUGGUGAAUCUCGGUACAAUGCCACCUCAAAUGAACAUGUUUCCUCCCCCAGUGCAACCACCACCAAUGAUGUUCCCAAACCCCUGUGUUGGACCUCCAUCUGUUACACACAAGACGGAAGAACCUGCGGAAACCAAAGAGAAAAUACCCUUAUCCAAAUAUUUUGUACCAUCACAUCUUAGGUUAAAACGUAAGAAUCCUGAGAAGAAUUGACUGAAUUUCAAUUAAGUGUUAAUAUAUUCAUAUUUUA